AAUAAAGCCAUUGAUAAGGCUGGGCAAGCUUAUCAAUACAACAUUGUGAAAUUUUCUUCCCAUAAACUUCUCUUUAGAAUUUUUUGAAUUGAAGUCAUAAAUUUUUGAGGUGUUUACUGUAACUGACUCAGAACUUUUCAUAUUUCCUCCAGUGGCUCUGCACCGUCUUGUAAGUUGUGCUCAGAGAUCAAGUGAUAGCAGUCCGUGUUAAAAUGUCCAGUUCAAAAUUGAUUGCCCAUUCUCAGUUAUUCAAAGCCCUCAAGUUAAAAUGUCAGCAACAUCAGACUCAACGCUUUUUAGCAGCCAUCGCAGAACCAAAAGUAGAUCAAGUUCGAAGCAAAAUGAAGGCUUGGCAGAUUCAUUCUUAUGGUGGCCUCGAUGAACUCCAGCUCUCCGAAGCUAGGUUACCCAGCAUUAGUUCUGAUCGUAUACUCAUCAAAGUGUCCACAUCAAGUGUCAAUCCAUUAGACGUAGCUAUGACAAAUGGCUACGGAGCAAUUCUGCUGAACAAGAUUCGCCAAACAGAAGCUGGUAGCUGUGAGCCAAUUGUUGAGUUUCCUUUGACUCUGGGCAGGGACUUUUCAGGCACUAUAAUUGCUAAAGGAGACAAAGUUGGCUCUGAGUUUCAAAUUGGAGAUGAAGUUUUUGGAGUUACUCAACCUCAUGAAAGCGGUUGUCAUGCAGAAUUUGUCACUGCGCAUAAGUGUUUAGUUCAUAAGCUUCCAGAAAAUAUAAAGCCAAUUGAAGCAGGCUCAACUUUGUAUACUGGUCUGACAGCAUGGUCUGCGCUGAAGGUAACUGGUGACUUGGCAAUAAUUCCACCAAAGAACAAGGUUGUACUCGUCAUCGGCGGUGCAGGAGGUGUUGGCUCUGCGGCGAUUCAGUUGUUGAAAGCAUGGGAUGCACAGGUGGUUGCCACGUGUGCAGCAGACGCCGUUCCCUUGGUACAGUCUCUUAAAGCAGAUGUUGUCAUCGACUACUCAUCCAAUUCUUCGAAACUUAUUUCUGUCUUGCAAUCUGUUGGAAAGUACGAUAUCAUUCUUGAUGCAGCUGGUAUUCCGGAGUCAGAAAUACCCAACUAUUUGCCCUUACUGAAAGAAUGGUCCUUAGCCAAAUUUAUUACUUUGAAGUCACCUUUGUUACGCAACAUCGAUGAAAAUGGUGUUAUCAAUGGGAUGAUUCUGAACGGUUUCAGCCUUUUGGCCAACAAUCUACCCAAUCUAUUCAAAGGAAGCACUGUUCGUUGGGGAUUCUUCAUGCCUUUGAAUCAAGGUGUUAAGGAGAUUGCGCAUCUAUUGGAAACAGGAAAGAUGAAAUCCGUCAUUCACAAGGAGUUUGGCUUCCAAGAGCUAAAAGAGGCUUAUCAAACAGUCAAAGAUGGCCAUUUGAGAGGCAAAGUGGUUGUGAAAAUGGAGGAUGAAAAGUAACUGAACCCCUCGUGCACAUCUCCAAACUAUUAAACCGGUGCGCUUUUGUUCCUAAUUGUGUUUACUGAGUGCUUGUUAAAUAAUAUCCUCUUUGUACCUGUAGCAUCAAAGAUGUGGUCAUUAAAAAAGAUCUCUAUAAUCAGAAAAAACAAAAUUUUUCUUAAGAGUACAAGAAUAUUUUACUUUACAAGUUGAAGAGGUAGAUUUAGAAUUUGAUCUUAAGCUAAGCUUGAAUGUUUCCAAAAAGAGCUUUAAAUCUAUUCUUCAUUAUAAAUGUAGAUACUCAUUCAAAACCUUUCUUGGAAGCAGAAAUAACCAUCUUUCAACUGGAUCUGAUCAUUUUUUUCUUUCAACAAACAAUUAGAAAACAAUUGCCUUUCACCGCAGACCUCUCAAAGUCAAACAGUAUUUUUUAGUACUCCAGCACAUUGAUGUAUAUUUCUCAUAUCCUUACCUAGUCAUGUUGCCCAAAUUCUAGUAAGAAAUUAAUAUUCUACAUGAUUUUUGCCUGGAGAACGCAAGAAAAUAUAAGCACAUAUAAGAACUUGCAAUAUUUAUAAUAAAUAAAAAUGAGUACUUUUAUUCAUUUGAUUUUUAAAAUAUGUACCGAAAAUGUGUUUCUGUAGCCCAGCUACUUAAAUGUACAAUCAGUCUGUUAGUGAAGUUUGUAUUUUACUUGUAAAAAGCAGUAAGAAGAAAGAUUUUACUAUGAAGAAAAAAUUAGGGACUCAAUGCUUUUAAAAAGAAUACAGAUAUAGUUUGCUACCUAUGAUUUGUUGUAGCUACUCCAACGCAUAAUGAUGAAAUUUUACUUAUCUAUCAUUAUAGCACAUUUAAUCAAGAAUCAACAUCCAACUGUUUUCAUUUUUAGCUGAAAAUGCUGCUUUUGUUGUCUAUUGGAUCAUCACAAACAAACAAACAAAUUUUUCUUGUUGUAUUUAAGUAACUUUAAUCUUGUUGUUUUUUUAUUUUUUGCUCAAAUCCAUAAAAUAAAAUUGUGAGUUUUUUUUA